AUGGACACCACCACGCCCAUCACCGCCGCAGCGCCGCUGGACCUCAUUCCCAUUCUCUUCCCGCAGCAUCCCUCCAUCUACCAGGCCCAGCUGCUCAACUACAACCGGCUGAUCUCGCCAAGUCGUGGUGGUGGCGUGGGCUUGCAAACGCAGCCGCUCCCGCCCGUCUUGUCCGCCCCUUUUGUGCAGGCCUCAGCGCCACGAUCGCGGUCAUCGUCCAAAUCUCACCACAACAACAGCAGCAACCACUCUCAUAGCCACGCCCAUAACCACGCACAUAACCACAACAAUCACGCCCACGCUCACUCCCACUCCCAGUCGCAGCAGCAGCAGGCACAAUCUCACCAGCACCAGACGGCACAGUCGCCACCACAAACACAAUCCAAUCAGAAUUGCCAUGGGAGCAAGGUCAAUAAACCCGCCGACAAGUUGGACCGCCCGGUAACCAAAAUGGGGAAAGACCCGACGCAAAAAGGCUUUGCGUCAAGGCCGCAGCAGCAGCAGUCGGCGCCAUCAAAUCCGUCAAGUUCAAGUGCGGCAAAUGCUUCAAGUCUGCCAAAGCCACCUGCGCCAUCCGCUCAAUCCGCUCAAUCCGCUCAAUCUGCACUUCCGCAGCAGUCCGGAUCUCCCGAUCUCCUUUCCGCGCCCUCCGCGUCGCGACCCGUCGCUGCUUCUAUGUCGUCACGACAUCAGCAGCAACAGCAACACGGCAUCCACCAUCAACGGCACUCCAAGUCGCCCCGCCCGCACGGCAAGGCGCCUAUGACACAGGCCAGCUCGGUGCCGUCGACGCCGCACCAGCAUGCGCGAAAUUUCUCGUUCGAGUCCCGCGAGCCGUCGCCCAACGCCACGCAGAACCACUCGCCACGCUCCGCCUACUCCGAGACAAACUCGACCUUGCCCUCCCUCCGCCGUCUUCCGCCCCGUGAUGGCAACUGCAUCUACGAAACCGCCUUCGUCCACGGUCGCCGGCGAAUGCACUAUAGCCUCGGCACCGACCGUCUCGACACUGUGCCUCUGGACACAGUCAAGAGCAAGUUGACGGAUGACGAAGAGAAGAAGCUGACGUCCGACAUGCUCGCAUUGUUCGACCAGUUACGACCCGACAAGGGAGCGGACACGACGGACAAGACAGACAAGACGGACAAAACCGAGGACAAGCGAAUAAAGUUUGUUGAGAAGCUGCAAUCCAUAUUCAACGAGGAAUGGCCCGGCCACGAUAUUCGUGUACACAUCUUUGGCUCGUCGGGGAACAAGUUAUGUUUCAACGACUCCGACGUGGACAUAUGUAUCACUACCGACUGGAAGGAAAUGGAGAACGUCUGCAUGAUUGCCAGUCUGCUCGCCAGCCGCGGCAUGGAAAAGGUCGUUUGCGUGUCGUCCGCGAAAGUGCCCAUUGUCAAGAUCUGGGAUCCCGAGCUCGGUCUCGCCUGCGACAUGAACGUCAACAACACCCUCGCCCUCGAGAACACCCGCAUGGUCCUGACCUACGUCAACAUCGACGAGCGCGUCCGCCCGCUCGCCAUGAUCAUCAAGUACUGGACGCGGCGGAGGAUCAUCAACGACGCUGCCUAUGGGCAAACGUUGAGUUCAUAUACCUGGAUCUGCAUGGUCAUCUGUUUCCUUCAGCUUCGCAAGGUCCCGAUUCUGCCGUCAAUACACCAGCGCGUGGACGGUCGCUUGCCACGACCCGACGGCACAGUAUCCGAGUUCGCCGACGACAUGAACAAGCUGGCAGGAUUUGGCAAGGACAACAAGGAGACGCUCGGCGAGCUUCUGUUUCACUUCUUCCGCUUCUACGCCUACGAGUUCGACUACGACAAAUACGUCCUGUCUGUCCGACUCGGCAAGCUGACAACAAAAACGGAAAAGAAGUGGCACACCAUGUUGAACAACAUGCUCUGCGUCGAGGAACCGUUCAACACUGUGCGCAACCUCAGCAACACCGCCGACGACACGUCCUUCCGCGGUCUGCACAUGGAGCUGCGGCGCGCGUUCGACCUCAUCUCCCAAGCCAAGCUCGCCGAAUGCUGUGAGGAGUAUGUCUUCCCCAAGGAAGAAGAGAGGAUUUUCCAGAAGCCGGCACAAGCGCCACGGCCGAUCCUGCUACGUAGCUCGUCUCAGCAGCAUUCUACCUCGCGCGGUGGCGGCGGUGGUCGUGGCGGCAGCAGCUUCCGGGGCAAUCGUCAGUAUAGGAGCGGGAACAACAGCCGGAGGGCUUCGUCCAGCGUCGCCUACGACAACAGCAACAACGGCAGCCCGUCGCUCUACGGCCAGGGUGCCACAAUGAUGCCUAUGAUGUCGCCGCAAGAAUUCCAGUGGUUUGCGCACCAGCAGCAACUAGCAUUGGCAUUGGCACAACAUAGCCAGCAGCAGCAGCAGCAGCAGCAGCAGCAGCAGUCGCAGCAGCAACAGCAGUCUCAGCAAAGCGGCGCACAAACACCCCAGCAGCAACAACAACAGCAAUACGUCUUCCCGGCGGACAUGCUGACGAUCAACGCUCUGCAAAUGCACCAAGCCGAGCAAUCGCUGAUGCGGUACCAAAUGUUGACCAACCCACAGGCCUACAUGCAACAGCAGCACGCCUUAACGCAUGCCCAGCGCAUCCAGCAAACAGCCGCGUCGUCGGCGACAGACCGGUCACGCACCAACUCCUUUGACAACCCGCCUCUCACUGCGCCGAUACGGCCGGACCUGUAUAUGUACGCGAUGCCGCAAUUGCCCACGCCCUACUAUGCCAUUCCCCCCAACCCUGGUUUCACCACGCUGCCAUCGUCCCCGUCCACGGCCACAGCCCCGUCCGAGUUCCGUAGGAGUCUACAUCGGGCAGGGCCCACGUCCGAAGUGUCGUCACCGACCGGCACGCUGCGGUCGCAGUCGCAGCCGGCCUCGCGACCCUCGAUGGCCAGCAGCCAGAGCCAUGGGAAUCUGUUGAGCACCGCUCAGUUUAAUGGCAGUGGCGGCGUCCCUUCCUCUGCAUCCCCGACGUCUGCUCCUUACGCGCGCACUGCCACAGCCAACGGCAUUCCCAUUCCCAGCUUCAUCCGCGACGACAAUGCCGACUCCGAGGCCGAGACAACGACCACCAACACAACCACCACCACGACUGGUACAUCCACGACAGCACCUAGCAAGACCAUGUCCGACGGCCACUCGUCCGAGGAAGACGGGCCCCAGUACAUUGGAUACUAUGUGAACGAGCCGACGUCUGCGCAUGGAGCCAACCCUUCCGCUGCCUCAUCCGACGGCGCAUCGCCGGCCAGUACCGCCACGGCCAGUGCGAUUCCCUCGUUUGGCGACCUCGGUCCGCUGGGCAGCGACGGCGGACCUAUCAGUGGUGGCGGCAGCAGCAUGAACCAGCGCCGCCUGUCGACCGACCAGCUGCCGCAUUUCCUCAUCGAUCGCCGCAUGCGUCGCGCUUCUCGCUCGCCGUCGCCUCUUGGCAGUGCGCACAACGGAGGCCAUGGCCGCGCUCAGUCUGUCGGUGGCAACAACACCGCGCCGUUGGCGUCCGGGCCCUUCUCGCCAGUUGCGGGCAACCGGCAAGCCAAGGAAGCCAGCCGGUCGCCGCUCGUUGUGAACGGCUCCGUCUCUGCCAAGCCGUCGAGUCUGUCGCCUCCGACUGGGCAGCCAAACGGUGUGCCCAACUUCCACUACCAGACGUCGCCCAGCCUGCCGAAUGGUGUCGGCCACACGACGCCCACGCCCCAGUCGCGCUACCCGUCCACCAGCGACAGCGUCAUGUCCGAUGAGUCGUCGGCCAACUCGUACACGUCCUCUACGGCACACGGCGGCCUCGGCAUCAGUGGUAUUGGCAUCAUGCCGGACAUCCCGCAGCACGUCGUGACUCCGCCCGCCGUGGAGAUGAACGGUCCACUGCCGAUGACGCAGUCGCCCGUCAUUGCCAACGGUUCAGCGUCGUCGUCCACCGUCGCAUCGCCGCCGUCGCAUGGUGCCCAGUCGUUUAACCAGCGCGUAGCUGCCAUGAAUAUGAACGGAGGAUUGACGAGCGGAUUCAGCCCGCUGCCGUAUGCAGCGAUUGCCGGCCAUGGUCUUGGUCUGACGAGCGGCGUGCCUCAGCUGCCAUCGCCGCGCCAGCGCAACCUGUCUCGGCAGCAGCAAAAGGGCAUUGCGCCACUCGACCUCGCCAUGCCAGACCACUCGCUCAUGUCGUCGCCCGACACCCAGCAGCACCUAUCGCCCGUGUACGAGAACCGCACGCCGUCGCCCACCAACCUGCGGAAGCUCGACACCUUGCUUGGUGGUGUUGCUGGCAGCGCUGGCACCGCUGGCAAUGGCCGGUCCAACACAGCGUCGUCCUCGUCUGCUGCGCACACGCACAAGGGCCCCGUGUCCCAUGCCGACAAGUUCUCCUCGGUCGCCGCCGCUGCUGCUGCCGCCUCGGCAUCCAGCCCCAGUGCCAGCUCACCCAUGGCCUACAGCACACACACCGCGCACAGUACCGCGUACAGCGGAGGCAAGGCCAGCCAAGGCAAGGGCCCAGCCACGAAGAAGGCACCCCAGACAGCCAAGGCGGAUGCUACAACCACGUCGACGACGACGACGGCGACCAAGCAGAAAGGCUCUGGUUCGCCAACGACCACAUCGCCGUCCACGGCAGCAUCUGUGCAUCUCCCGCACCGCGGUGUCAACGGCAAGGGUCCUUCGGCCGUAGCCGCCAACGGCCACAUCCGCGGCGCUAAGAGCGAGAGCAUUGAUGUGGCUCCCGGCAAUUCGGGUACGACCGCUCCAGCAGCUUCGGCCGUGACGGCGGCGAAUGGUUGGCAGAAGCCCAAGUCCCGCAAGAAGGCUGCAGAUCUGAAAGCGGUGGCGAACGGCCAUGCCCACACGCACAGCGAACAGCUGCCCAAGAAUGAGUCUGAGCGCAAAGGUGGUUGA